AUGUCAGAGGGUCUAGGAAUUGAAGAGCAGGAUCUGAAGGCGCAAAACCCGCGCUUUCUGCUCCGGCAACCUCGUGCACUUCAAUGGUUUGAGCACGGUCGCUUGAUCAAGCGUCAUGACGAGGAAAGACAAGCUGGUCGCUUUGAGCUCUUUCUCGAUUUACUAUAUGUCGCGAUCCUAUCUAACUUUGCGGAUUUCCUCGCGGAGGACAUUUCGGGCGCAAAACUUGUCAAAUACAUAUUAGUCUUAGCUCCAUCGUGGCACAUAUGGAGCGACAUACGCGAAUUGAUGAACUCGUUUUACAAUGAUGACCUCCUCCAACGCCUAUUGAUUCUCUGGUUAAUGGCCGUGCUGGUCGUUUAUGGGAACAAUGCUCCACUGGUUGACGAGGAUAUCGGCGCUAUGCGCUCAGCAGUCGGAUCCUACAUGGUCGCCCGCGUCACGAGCAAUCUUGCGCAUCUUGUCUUCUCUUUCGCAAGCUAUCACCACCGUCGGCAACAACGGCUUUGGGUGGUUCUGUCGACUAUAUGCCUUUGUGUCUAUAUUCCCCUCUACUUCGAGGAUGUAUCGACUCGAGGCAAGAUCGCGGCUGCUGCGGUCGCGAUAUCGCUAGAGCAGAUCACUUGGGUUUUCUGCUAUAGUCCGGCGGCGAAGAAGUUGCUUCGCGUGAAGUAUUCAACUGCUGUGGAUAUUGCACAUGAGAUUGACCGUUUUGCAGCGUUCUAUAUCAUCGUUCUGGGUGAAUUUCUUUAUCUCAUCGUCAAAGGCUCAAAUGCCGCCAUUGGAUUCAAUGAGGGCCUCCUGCGUGCUAUCUGGACUUUGAUCAUUGCUUUCUGCCUGAAUUGGCUUUACACACAUGCCGACGGGUCCAUGGAAAGUACACACCCACUGCGACACAAUAUCUACACUGCGUUUUCCUUCGCCGUCAUACACUUGCCACUCAUUGCGAGUCUUUUGGCAGGUGGACACGUCGCAGCGGCUUCGGUAGCAGAAGAAGACUUCGAGGACGCGCAGCGGUGGUUGCUUUGUGAAGGCCUUGGUGUGGGAAUGAUGUGCCUUUAUUUCUUUGCACUGAUCCAUGCCUGCCAAGAUGAACCAGGCACAUUGUUGAUGACAAAGCACGUUCGUAUCAUAAUGCGCCCGAUCACCGGUCUCAUCACUAUUUUACUUCCACUUGCUCACCAUCUCAACGCCACGGAAAUUCUUUCGAUUAUAAUGGCCAUGUAUGUCGCCUGCUUGGUUUGGGAAACUGUCGGUUCGCUCAAAAAGGGAGCUUGCUUCUUUGAGCGAUGGAGAGACACCGAUUAUCCUGAAAUUCACCAACAGGAAGUGGGGCUUAAAGAUAAUGAGGCAGCGAUGCCUGAGUCGGGGUAA